UGGUUGCGUCAUGGAUCCGGUUUUCGAUUGUGAUUUCUGAUGAUAAAUCACAGGAAACGAGUGUCAUGUUCACUUCUCUCUGAACGGGAUGUUGGCGGGUUCACGUUGGUACGGCGCAUCAGCUCCACCAGACGAAAAGUUCGCAGUUUGGGAAAAGGCCGCUCUUCGCAGACACGUACAUAGCGAUAAGUGAAGUGACAUUGCGUACGUGCACUGUGCAGAAUAAACGAGCUUGAAACAUUUAUUUAUUUUCGAUCAUCAAUGCGGAAUGCUGUGGAUCUGAUCCAAGUCGGAACCUCUGAUUUUUGGAAAUAGACUUUCCGCCCCGAAGUAUCGACUGGCAUUAAGUGGUACUCGUACAAAUUAAUGUAAUUGGAAAGUCCGAAUCCUGCUUUUCAAGUUAUUAAGAAGAUCGUUAGAGUGUCGAUCAGUCGGCUGGAUGAUAAAAACAGUUGCCGAACGUCAACGAACAUCACUUCUGAACUAGUCUGACUCGGAGUUGUCGUGGUAAUUCAGUGAAAACGUUAUCAAGAACAACAGUUCUGUCUCAUAUAAACAAUUCUUCUCAGUACCAAAAAGAUCGUCUCUCUUAAAACUUUUCUCAAUCCACAAUGAAGACGCUGGUUCUGCAACCGAUGCUGCAUGACGCGCACCACUUCACCGCUGACGCGAAGCGACGGUGUGCGUACGGCGAGAGCUGGAGGAUAUUUCACCCGUCCAUCUACGGCGAACGCCUUGACGGGAAAACGGUCGGGUCGUUGGAAGACUCGCGGAGACUGUGUAAAAGUCAACUGGUGAAUAAGUGGUUGGCGCUCAAGAGACGGACAGCCAGUCUGCCAGUUGUGUGUUCUCCUACAGCAUCCAGUGGCGGGCUGUCAUCAGAUGCGAACGGGAACUGCAAAGUCAAACGAUUCAGGCAUCAGGACCGUGUCACUGACCCGCUUCAGCUGCCCAUCGAUCCCAGAUCCUGGUCCACCAAUGAUGUCAGGACCUGGCUAGGUCACAUGACAAAGUCACAUGACCUUGAGGUCGACCCCAGCUUCUUCCAAAUGAACGGCCGCGGCCUCUGCCUCAUGCCACUGAAAGGAUUUCUGUUCCGGGUACCGGACCACGGGAAGCUUCUGUACGAGGACUUCCGGGGCAGGUUGAGGCAGUGCUUGCUGGCGCCUGGAAACGACACCAGGCCCAAGACUGAGCAGGGGGCUGGGACAAAGUCUAGCCGUGAGGCUGCCAGUCCGAGUGGACCAGCGAGGAAGCACAGAAGGGCCGUCGUGAGCUACCAGGGAGUUGUGGUUGUUGGAAAGUCGUCAGUGACUGACUGCAAGGGACAGAUGUCACCAACGACCUAUCACACAUUAUGAAGGCGAGCUGUGAUUGAGCCAACGGCUGCUUCCAAAUCUCUUGUCUAAGGCUACUUCCUAGGUCUUGAACAAUUACUACGAUGUGGGCACAUGCUGACAACAGAUAUACCUGGAUACACCAAAGCUUUGGACGUCAGUUUUUGGACAUGGAAACUCACAAGCCAGUUCAGAUGUUCAAAGUAAAUUAGGAAGAACUGUGAAAGUGAUGUUUACAUACAUGUACAUGUUCAGACGGAAAAAGAAACACUAGAUUUGGUUACAAACUUUCAGAAUUUUUUUGACACACCCUUCCACCAUCAUACGGUUGGGUUUCAUUUGUUGGAGGUUUAAUACAUGGUACUCGACACUUUGCCGAUAGCAGAUAAAUUGAACCAUUCAAUUUUGUACAAAAAUUGUCUCAAACUAUUAACAUGAAACGGACAAUGUAUAUCUCCCUGAAUAUAUUUUUAUAUUUCAUGUGCAUGUACUUGCUUACACAGGUAAUAAUACUAUGCUCUGUAUUGUUUUUGCUCUGUACAUGUACUUGUAGUAAAAAAAAAAUAAUAAUAUACAUGUAACGAAUAAGUCUAACACAUGAUACAUACAUGUACGUACAUAUAAGUAUGUAAGUGUGAACAAAUCAAGGCAUUACACUGAAUAUUCAUAUGAAAUAAACUGAACAUUCAUGUACAUGUAGUAUGUAAAUAAACAGGUAAAGAUAUACAAGUACAUGUACAUUGUACCUCCAAAAAAUGACAUGUGAAGCUUUUUGCAAAAUUAAUGUCUCACUGCUAGUCUGCGAGUCAGAAUUGCGACUUCUGUCACAAUCUGACAAUAAUCUAAGAUUCAUUUUUAUAAGGGCUGUCCAAUUUUGAAUAAUUUAGUAUGCGACUUACACGAAACUGCAUUGGACCGAAUAUUCAAACUGCCAGCUGCAACUGCGUGCUGGGCCAGUAAAAAAUUGCAUGAAAAGUGUGCCGGUUAGAGUUUGCGUGUGGCGAUAUAUAAGGGGUGGUGGAGUAUUUGCAGUUUAAAGUAUUUUGUUCUGUAAAAGGGCUUUAAUCUGCUAACAGGAUGAACCGCCAUUGCCAAUGAAGUGUAUAAAUGUAUAUUUUUUUUCCUUCCAAAUAUUCAAACUGGCAAACAGCUACUCGAAAAUUUGGUCGACGAAUAUUCGACAAUUCGGUAUAUUCAGGACAGCCCUAAUUUGUAUUACUUGUACCUGCAUGCAUCAGUGAGCAUCGUACUGUAUGCACUUGAAGGUUUAUAGCACCAAGCAUGUACAAGCUUGCAAAUACAUGCACAAAUUUUGCCGCAAGCUUGCAAGUACAUGUGCAUGCUUGCAAGUACACAUGCAAGCUUGCCGCAAACU